ACGAAGACGCACAAAUAUGGCAAAGAAUAAUAAAAUAAGAACAGCACAAGAUAAUUUAAUGUCUGGAACACUGCCAUUAGAUCAAUUUUUACGUUUAUUUAGCAAAGACCAUAAACAAGAACAAUAUGAAAGUAAUUUAAUGUUAACAGACUCUAACAAAAAUGGUGAAUGCAAUGAACCUGUUUCAAAAACAUUCUUUACAGAAAAUAUAUGCACAGUGUCCAGUGACGAACAUAAUGAACUUCUUCCAGAAAUAACAUUCUUUGCAGAAGAGGAAUUCACUGCAUUUGUUAAGAAGCCCUACAAAAACCAAGAAACACAAACUACAUCCCCUUUUAAUACAGAUGGUACAUGUACUAUGCUUAUUUUCUUUUAAAUUCAUCAUUUACGUCUUUUCUAUUUAAUGUCAUCAUUUUUAUCUAUAUUGUGUUUCAGAUUACAGUGGCAUA